AUGAGAUGGGGUCAUAAAGCUAACCCGGAUAGGUGGUUCAUAAACUUACAACCUCAAUUCCAAGAAGUUGUAGACGCAAUGGAAGCGAAUGGUGAACGAGAUAUAGCUGGUAUUUUCAGCGCGGCUUUAAUGCCAUUGAAAGAUAUGAAACAUGCAGAUAUUUUGGACCAGUAUGAAAUGAACAUGGCUGAUGGAAAUAUAACACCUGACGUUCUAGAACAUUUAUCUCAAAGAACUACACAGAACCAUAGAGAUGGUAUAUUUGGUGAAGAGUUUAGAAAGAAAGUUAGGGAGAGCGAAGGAAGAGAACCUAUUGUACAUGACCUUGCAAACGAAAGUUUGCAAAAUGUCAUAAAAACUUACUUUGCAGACAAUGAACCGAGAAGGGAUGAAUAUUUAAGAAAACUCAAAUGGACAGUACCAAAUGAAAUGUUAGUAUUGAAAAACAUGUUCCUUGACAAAAUAAAACCAACUACAGAAAUAAAUGACGAAAGACUGAAAGAUUGGGUAAAAGCUUUCCCAUUCACAAAAGAUAUAGUUGGUAACAUGGAAAGAAAACCAGAAUGGCUACAAAAACAUAUAUUUGGAAACGAGCAUAUUCCAUAUGGACAGGCACUGUUUGAAGAGCUUGAACCAGAAACUCAGGAAAGAGUCAUGCAAACAAUACGCAAAGACUCAAAUACAGACUAUGACAAACUCUUUCUAGGAUAUAGGUUACCUGAGAUGGGCGACCAGAGCCAAAAGGCAAAAAGGACAUGGGAAAUUUGCAACAUACUAGAUGAACAUAAUGCAAAGAUGCAACAACUUCAAGCAGAGGGCAAUGAAGGAAAAAGAAGAGUUAAAAACUCAGUCAGGAAGAAAGUAAAGCUUGGUCCACGUGGGUUCUAUUAUGACAUAUAA